UGAACCUACAGAAAAUACUGGGAACAGCAAUCAGAGCGAGGAAAAUCCGGGUGACACAGGAAGGACACAGCUGUCAAGGCUCCUUCUGGCCAAGAAAGUCGCCCAGGCAUUCAUGGCAAAUAAACCAGAUAGCAAGGAUGAGGAUGAGGACAUUGUACUGCCCACUGACCUCUAUCAGAGUGACCGCUACAAAACUGACCACUACCAGAGUGACUCCUUGGCCUGGGAUGCUCCCCUUCUCACUGCCAGGGAGAAUGCCUUACACCCAGAUGAUUACAACGAAAAUGUCAGUGGACGGAUCAGCCGCCAUAGUGAAUAUAGUAUAGAGGCAGACUUGCAGACAGAGAGGGACAAUCUGCUUGAAGAGGAUGAUGCCACAGAACUAGCCAAGCGGCUAGAAUCCGAACUUACAGGCAGUAUCCUGGGUUUAUGGCAGCAGCGCUUGAAUCAGACCACCUAUGAGGAAGGGGAUAUUGACAUAAUAUAUGCUUCAGAGUCUGAAAUGAAUAGCACUGGACCUCCAUCCCCUAUUGGGGAUGAUCCAUCUGUCGUUGUUGCCCCACCUGUCCAGUUUGCAGAUAACUCUAUGUCUCAGGUGGACCUGAAUGGCAACAGGUCUUCAAAUCUCACGCCUGUAAGACUACCCAUUGCCCUGUCGAAUGACACCAAUUCAAAUGCAGCCUUGGAAGAGAUCCGAGCCCGACUGAGGAAAACCAAGUUUGACUACUCCUCUGACACCAGGCAAAAAAUAACUGAGGCCACACCACAGCUGGAUUUCAGAAACGUGUUGAAGAAGAAAGGAAAA